UCCCUGCUCCCCUCCCCCUGCUAUAGAAAAGCCUCAGCAGGUGAGUCUGCCCUUCAUUCUACUCUGCGGCAGCAACGAGAGCGACACCUCCACCCCUUGACAUUGGCACCUGCUGGGGGGCUCAGCCUGAACCUGGAAUGCACCUGACACAGGUGGGCAAUUUGCGCAGAGGAUUAGUUGGCCUUUAAGCAGCAUCAUUGCACAGUUCCGCGGGGGCGAUGGAUAAAGGAGCGAAUGUGCAGAACCCGUACGCGAGCGUCACCAUCCCGCGGGCCCAGCUGAAGAGCAGUUUUGUGCGCCGCACCCUGGGAGAGGAGGACCUGGAUGGGCUCGUUAUUGCCAACCCCACGGCGGUGCCAAGUUACCCCUCGUACUCGGCGCAAGACAGGUACAGCAGCGACGUAACAACUCCUGCCCCGAGGGAGGCCAAUAAAGUGCGCACCCAGGAGUCAUGGAGACGACCCCACAAUCCAUACGCCGACCCACCCCAGAACGGCGGCCACCCACCCGGGAUGUACGACAUCGACCUGGACAAGAGGAACAAGGUGGGUGCGACAGUGUCGCAGGAGGAGGAGCCAUGCUGCUGUUACCCCUGCUGCAAAUGCUGCGGCUGCUGUCGCAAGAGUUGCUGCGUCGUCUCCUAAUCUGAAGUUCCAGAGAAAGAACUGCCCGCUGGCUUCAGCCCCAUGGAAUGAUUCUUUUUGGGGGUGUCUGGCUCCCACAAACUCUCCGCUUGCUCAUCUUGGGCGACUUGUGUUGCCAAAUCCAAUCCACACUCCUCUUUUCCACGGACAGACAGACUCACGUGUUGUUGCCAAGCAGCGGGACUCUAGCAACCAGCAAAGCACAGUGCCAAGGCUGCCCUGGGAUUAUUAUUGUAAUGUAUCAUUCAUUUGUAUUUAUCCACAGAUUGCAAUUUACUCCUAAUUAUAAAACCCCACAUUUGUGGUGCAGUGGGGGGUGGUCCCUGGGGGUCCAUGCCACAAAGCUCAUGCUUCAAUCACAUGUUAGCAAUUUGCAGUUGGUCUAUGAUUUUGUGUUCUUUGUAGUGCCAGGAAUAUUUCAAAUUUUAACUGGCAGUUUGGCAUUUGAAUGGUUACUAGGGACCACCUGGCCUUAGCAACCAGGCAGAUGUCCGACUGGGAAAUGAAUAGGGAAAGAGAAAUAAUAAAGCCCCUGAUUGUAUUUGGGGUGCCCAGCCCAUCAACUGGGGAGACGUUUAAAUCUACAUUGCAAAGUGGAAGAACCAGGAGGCAAAGAAAGUUUAAAAUGAGGACCAACUGCAACACUGAUCAGAUUGAUUCCAUUUACAACAUGCUAAUUAUAGGGCUCCCUCCCCCCAUACAUGGAUUGGCUAUAGGAAAUAAGGGCUGUCGGUGGGGAGGAGCUUUCGUCUUCAAGUGUAGUUACCCUUUAAACUGAUGUGCCCCCAAUUGGGCGGGGCUUACACAGAGACCAGGUCCGAGGAAUGCUGCACAAGAUCACUGCUAUUUUUUAUAUAAGAAAUUAAAUGAUUGAAUUAAAGGCUCCUAAACUGA